AUAAAUGUUCAAAUCUUAAUGCUGGUGAUGGAAUGAACAUAUCAUUACUUCGGGAUGGGAAGACAACUUCUGCAGUAUUCAUGUGUGAAACGGGAUAUAGUUUGUCACAUUUGAAUAAUGUCACAUGUCUUAGUAAUGGCAGUUGGAACACAGCAGUGCCAUUUUGUGUUAUAUGUGAACCAUUGAAUGCUACAACGGCUCUGUCAUAUAGUUUAAAUUCAAACGGUAAAUUGACCUCAGCAACAUUUGUGUGUUCAACUGGAUAUGAUAUGACUGGACCAAAAAUAAAAACAUCGGUCGAGGCCGGUCAGCAGGGUAGCAAUGAUGGUACAAGCUCUGGUGUUGCUAUAGCCUUUGGUGUUCUGUUUAGUAUUGCCACAAUAGUGGCUAUAAUUCUUGCUGCUAUUGCAUGGAGAUUGUGGAAGAAAUACAAGUCAGUUGGUGGAGCAAAAGCUAGCACAUAUAUACAAGAUGUGAAACCAAGUUCAUUAUUUGAUGAGAUUGACCAAGACAAAAUUACUCCAUCAAGAGCACCUUUAGGCCAUCAGCGCCAUGUGACAGAUAUGGGACGUGCUGACUCAUCAUUGGCACCACUUGCCCAUCUAAAACAUGAGACUGAUACACUGGGUAAGAUGAACUCUAAUUCCCCAGCCCCACUUACCACCAGAAAUAUUGAACUUCAAAGACCACCUAUGAUGAUUGGUCGUCGGUCUCCUACCAUGUACUCAUCAACGUCUGCCACUCCUUCAUCAUUACGAUCAAUCAGUCUAGGAUCAUUUCUACCAGAUCAGAUCGGUUCUCCAAGAGACACAUCAUCGCCAGCAUCAAAUGUUUUAGAUAUACCAAAAAUCCAGAUCGAAGACUCAAAACCAAAAAGAGUAGCAAAGAAAGCAAGGAAUCAGGAUACAGAACCGAAAUCCGGAAAAUUGUCACCAUUCAUGCCAAUUAAGGAGACACCUGUAUAUCGUGAAGGUAGUCCAUUACCUCAGCAGAUUCUUACACCAAGAAAUGCUGAUGAUAUUGCUAGAGAGCUUAAACAGGUAAAAAAUAGUGCAGAUGAUAAACCGAGAAGAAAGCGUGAAAAGAAACCAAAAGGUGACCUCAUUGAUAAAGAUAAAAACUUGUUGAAAAUAUAUAGCAGGAAGGAUACAAGUUCUCCAACACCAGGAAUAUCUUCCCCGCAGUAUCAGAAGCUAGCAGGUUAUGAACAAGAUAAUGAAAUUUCUGACAUUGAAGUUUGAUGGGUUAAUUAUGCUUGUCAUUAUGUUAAGUGUACAUCUGUGUGUUUAAGAGAUAAACUAUUCUAGUUGUCUGUCAACAUCCUCGCAAGGAGUUUGACGAAAAAAUAGAAAGAUAAAAAAUUUUCAAUGUUUUACUGAUUUUUUUUCAUCUUUUAAGAGCAUCAGUGAAU